AUGAGCGACCUCGACGUCAAGCCCGACGUUUCCUCCGACAUCUCCCGCGAAGCCUCCGCGCCGGCCUACGAGCAGCGCCCGCGUGCGCGCCGCGCCGUGCUCGUGUUUGAGGACGAUCCGGACUUUGGCGAGUUCCUUGCCCCGCGUCCGCAGGCGCUGCACCCCAGCUUGAUCCAGUACCCCCAGUCGACCCCACAGCCCGCCCCGCAACCGCUGCACAGGCCGCCCAACCUCGGCCAUCCCGCUUCGGGCCACGCCCCGCCCAACCUCGGCCAUUCUAGAUCUAGUCAACAGACCGCCGGCAACUAUCAGUCCGUCGAAGUCAACCAGGUCGAGAGGCCUAGUGCCUCUCGGCCGUGGCCCGCCCCGCCCUCCGAGUACGCUGGACGCCCGCAACAGCAGGGAGCUAAACAGGGAGGCGUCAGCCCGCUUGUCGUGCUUGGUGUGUUUGUCGCGCUUGCUGUUCUUAUUGGAUCCUUCGUCUUCUUCUUUGACAAGAAGAUUAAGAGGGACGAGCUCGAGCACGUCCGUCGUCUUGUUUCUGAGGUUGUCGCGGAGUAUAGGGACGGCAACCGUGUGCCGGAACAACUGAAGGAGGUCGUGGACACUCUUGAUGGCGUGUUCAAGACGUACGGAUUCGAGCCAGUGGAAGUCGCGAAGGUGGUGAAGGCGACAACAGCGAGAGCUGUCGCCGCUGAGCUCUAG